AACACGGAGCAAUCAAUCAAGCAAUCAAUCCAUCAAUCAAUCCAUCAAUCAAUCCAUCAAUCUCACGACUUUUUGAUUGUGAAUCAGUUACAUUUCAUUACUUCAUCAGUACAACCAGAUCUGGUGAAUUAUUCGCACCCUACUCUCCUUCUCUCUCGUCAAGCAGUUACCUUACUCGAGACUCAUCUCCCUGUUUACACGACGAAUCUUCUUCCAACUUCACCAAACCACCUUAUUUAAUCACACAAUCAACAUGCGAUUCUCAACCCCCGCAGCCCUUUUGACAAUUGGCAGUCUCUUUGGAGCUGCUGUUGCUCACAAUAUUCAACUCGCAGCUCAUGGCAGAGAGUGCUUUCACGAACAACUUCAUAAAGAUGAUAAAAUGACGGUUACAUUCCAAGUUGGCGAUAGGGAAUUUGGCAGUGCUGGCAACUUGGACAUCGACUUUUGGAUCCAAAACCCCGCCAACGGUUAUGAGGCACACGAAAGAGCUGUGUCUAAUGGAGAUCACUCAUUUACUGCCAACCAUGACGGCAAAUACUUAUACUGCUUCAGCAACGAGCAUUGGUCGGCAUCUAGCAAGGAUGUAUCUUUCAAUGUUCACGGCAUCGUCUAUGUACCAGAGGCAGAAGCUCCAUCCGAUCCCUUAGAUUCAGAAGUUCGACAAUUGUCUGACCUCCUUGCGCGAGUGAAGGACGAACAAUCAUACAUUGUUUUGCGCGAGAGAACCCAUCGUAACACAGCAGAAAGCACAAACGGCAGGGUCAAGUGGUGGAGUAUCUUCCAGAUGGCAGUCUUGGUUGGCGAAGGUAUCUUCCAGGUUUGGUGGUUGAAACGAUUCUUCGAGGUCAAACGCGUUCUUUAAAAGUGCGCAUCAAGCAUGUUUCGUUCAACCAGUUCGGCAUAACUUCUGCAAUCGAUGGAGCGUAAUUUUGGGAAAUUGGAACAGCUAUGUAUUAACGGUAUUCGAUUCGAAUUUCCGACUGACGCUUUCUACAUCUCUCGCGCGUUGUUAUGAGGUACUGGGUAGCAUACCCCUUUACUGACAUUCAAACUCUUCUUCAUAUCGAGACAAUCUCAUAGAGCAGGAAAUGGAAACUCUUUUACCCAGGAUAUCACAUCGAAAUCACCCAUAGUACCAGAUGA